UUGGUGGAGAGAAGAUGGCGGCUCCUGGACCAGGGGAGUAUUUCAGCAUCGGGAGUCAUGUGUCCUGCCUCACCUGCCUGGGACAGCGCUUACAGGGCGAGGUGGUGGCGUUCGACUACCAGAGCAAGAUGCUGACUCUCAAAUGCCCCUCAUCCAGCGGAAAACCCAACCUUAAUGAUGUUGUUCUUGUUAAUUUAGCAUAUGUGUCUGAUGUGGACGUUAUUAACGACCGCGCUGGAACUCCUCCACCAUUAGCAUCUCUUAAUUUCAGUAAGCUAGCGAAUAGAGCUCGGGCAGAAAAGGAAGACAAGUUGUCCCAAGCUUAUGCAAUUAGUGUUGGAGUCUCGGUGGAGGGCCAGCAGCUGUUUCAGACUAUUCAUAAAACUAUAAAAGAGUGCAAGUGGCAGGACAAGAACAUUGUGGUGAUGGAUGACGUCAUCAUAACACCACCUUACCGAGCGGACAACUGUAGAGGCAAAGUGGGCAGUGCGUUGGGACAUGUACGCAAAAUAGUGGAAAAACACUUCCGUGACGUUGACCAGAAAUCCCUGCAGCGGUCACAAGCACAGCAAACACAGAAGGACUCGGCCUUGUCAGCAUGAGUGCUGCUGCAGCAAGUUUUUUGUUUGUUUAUUUGUUUUAGGGGUUUUAUUUUUAUUCCAGUGCCUGGCCGAGGCUGAGGUAACCACGGCCUGCGUUUUAAGCACGGCCAUCAUUGAAGUCUGAGGAACACUAAAAAAAGGGACAGAACAGCAGCCCUUUUUUUAAUGAAAUAUUUAAUUUAAUUACAGAACCUUUCAACCUCUUUUACUUUCCUUUAAUAUACAUGCACCAUUCUUCUGUGGCCAACUCGUGCUGACACGUUCUAUGUUUGCCAAGAAAAAACAAGGUACAGCAGACUGACUAUUAAAUAUCACAUUUUUUAUAGAAAGGGGAAAUGAAGUCCAUUUGAGUCAUUUAGCUUGGUACAAGAAGGCUACUUUAUUUUUAUAAUAGCGGAAUAAGAUGUGAGCACUGAUUGUGUGAGAGAGAGUUCAGGUGCUUUUAUCUCACCAUGCCCUGAUACACCAAACCGACAGUUGGUCGCAAUUUAGCCCCCCUUAAACAUUUGUGUCCUACUGUGAUAUGUAGUUUUUUGGAUGCAACAUUUAGCUGGUACACCACAGAUCACGUUCACAAAGAUAUAGCUCUUUUUUGUGAUCACCUGAUCCAUGCAUUGGCAGCUGCUUUAAAUUUGUGACACUUUCCCACCCAAUUUAAGAUGUGAAUUUCAACCAUCAUUCCUUCUUAUCUGGGACUUUACUGGACUGCUCUCUGGGUGGGUGGGCUGGAAAUUCUUUCGACAGUUUCAGGCUUUGGUGAUCGGUCAUCAUAGAUCUGCACAAUGUGGGCAAGUCAUUCCCCUCACCCUCUCAGCUUGGUGGCUGUUGUGGAAUAGGGCAUACUCAUGCAAAACUUAUCUAAAAUUGGUUGGCAUACUUAGCAGCAUUUCUGCCUGAAUUGCACGUUGGACAUAUAAAUAGUGUAGAAUGGCACAAAAUUGUGACUUUGGCAAAUAUUGUUCUAGUUUGUUCUCUUGGUAUAAAUCUGAUAUUAUGUAACGGACCAAAUCUUUGCUAGAG